AAUACACCUUGCUUUGUGUCAGUGUCACUGAACUCUAUAGAGUACAAAGUGUAGUGCUUUGUGUUUAUCCUGUGGUUUUGAAUUUUAAUAUCAAUAGUAAUUAUUGUUUAUUAACAAGUAAUUACUUUUUUUUUUCUAUUAUUCCAUUAUCGAUUUAUGAUUAUAAGCUCUAGUGAUUCUACACAAUUGUUUCAAACAUCUUCGAAGAAGUUCUAUUGACUGCGUACAUCCAGAAAAUAAAGGUCUUGGUAACUCUAUAAUACAAAAUGCCAUUGAACGAGACUGUUAUUCUCCUUAACAUUAUAGAACCAAUUACAUCAAUUAACUAUAUUAGGGAAGUAUUGUUUCCUCAUGUGGUCAGUAUCUUACAGGAUUACGUAAAAAACCACAAGGGAAAAUAUAAGGAUGAUGAGAGCUAUCAACAAUAUUUAAAAUCAUGGCAUGUACAAACAUUUGAAAAUUCCAUAACUGUACCAAUAUCUCCAGGCGAAAAAAUGAAGUCUAUCAUUAGUAAUAAUUUUAGACCAUGGAAGAUGAGUGACUCAAGGCUAAUUUGCUGUAUGGAUAAUUAUGUUAUUAACAUGUGGAACCUUGGAUAUGAAACUGGUCUUAUAAAAGGUUAUAUAUAUGAAGAUGUAUUACCUGUUUUAAAAAAGCUAACUGACAUGGGUAAAAAAAUAUGCACUUACUCUUGUUUUAAAACAACACUUCAAGAGAAUUUUUUUAAAUAUACAGACUAUGGAGAUGUGUCUGGUGUAUUUUCAAAAUAUUUUGAUAUUAAUUUGGGACCAAAAGACUCUGAAACCACCUAUAAAGAUAUUGCUAAUAAAUUAAAUGUAAACUGUAGCGAUAUUUUAUUUUUAACUAACGUAAUUGCUGAUGCUGAAGCAGCUUUAAAAGCCGGCUGUAAUUCAGUUCUUUUGGUAAGACCCAGUAACUUUCCACUGGAUCCUGAGAAAAGUUCAAAGUUUAGAAUUAUAAAGACACUAGAUGAAUUAUUGUAAAUUAAGUAGUAACACAAAUUCAUUUUGAUAUCAUUAAAAUUGUAAAAGCAUAAAUACAUACUAUUCAUUACAAAUGUAAUAUUUAUAUUUUAUUAACUUUUC